CUGAUGAGGAAUAGGACAGAAGUGACAGAGUUCAUCCUCUUGGGACUAACGAAUGCCCCAGAAUUACAAGUCCCCCUCUUUAUCGUGAUCACACUCAUCUACACCAUCACUGUGGCUGGGAACCUGGGGAUGCUCCUGCUGAUCCUCCUGGACCCUCGUCUGCACACUCCCAUGUACUAUUUCCUGGGCAACCUGUCUUUGGUGGAUUUUUGCUCCUCCUCAGUUGUCACUCCCACAGUCAUGGCUGGGCUGCUUACAGGAAACAAGGUCAUUUCCUACAAUGCCUGUGCUGCUCAGGGAUACUUCUUUGCAGUCUUUGCCACUGUAGAAAAUUAUCUCUUGGCCUCGAUGGCCUAUGAUCGCUACGCAGCAGUGUGCAGGCCCCUGCAUUACACCACCACCAUGACCACAAGUGUGUGCACAGGCCUGACCCUGGGCUGCACUUUUGGAGGUAUCCUGACAGCCUCCAUCAUCACAAGCAACACAUUCAGUUUCUCCUUCUGUAUGUCUAAUGUGGUCCAUCACUUUUUCUGUGAAGUUCCGGCAGUCAUGGCUCUAACUUGCUCUGAUAGGCAUCUCAAUGAGCUGGUUCUUGUGUGCAUGGCCAGUUUCAAUAUCUUCUUUGCCCUCCUAGUUACUUUGGUGUCCUAUUUAUUUAUAUUUGUUACAAUCUUAAAAAUGCGCUCAGCUGCAAGCUACCAGAAAGCCUUUUCCACCUGUGCCUCCCACCUCACAGCAGUCUCCAUCUUCCAUGGCACAGCCAUCUUCAUGUACCUUCAGCCCAGCUCCAGCCAGUCCAUGGACACUGCCAAAGUCGCCUCUGUAUUCUAUACCAUGGCCAUCCCCAUGCUCAACCCUAUGGUCUACAGCCUGAGGAACAAGGAGGUCAAGAGUGCAUUCAAAAAGGUUAUUUUGAAGUCAGUUUGUGUUUUGAUGGGGAUAACACGAUAUACUUACACCAAUGAAUAA